UAUGUCCCAAUUCUAUUUUUCGCAAAGAAAGAUAAGGCCUCUGGAAAGUGGGUGUCUGAUGUGGUGACCCAUCUGCUACCCACUGAGGACAACCUAAAAAUUGUGGCCACCAUGAGAAAGGCCUACAAUUUUGUAUUGAUCAAAGAAGGGAAUUCCACGACGACAUUGCUCGAUCCACACCCUCAGGCCCAGCCCGAUCCACGCCCUCAGGCCCAGCCCGAUCCACGCCCUGAGGCCCAGCCCGAUCCACACCCUGAGGCCCAGCCCGAUCCACACCCUCAGGCCCAGCCCGAUCCACGCCCUCAGGCCCAGCCCGAUCCACACCCUGAGGCCCAGGAAAAGGAGACAUUUUAUAUUUUAGAUUUACACCCUGUCUCUCUCCCUGUGAAGGAACAACCCCCCCCCAAAAAAAGAAAGUGUAAGUUAACUGUGGUCUUAGCACACUAUGUAUGAAUUUCUCCUUUUUGUAAUCAUUAUUCAUGAAAUACAGAAAUCUUUAGGUGAA